CUCCAAUUCCAACAUCCCCAACCCGUCACGCCUCCGUUCCCCUAUAAAGGUUCCACCUUUCGGCCCUCUGCCCCCUCGACAUCCCACCUUUCCAUCCCCUUCCUCUUGGAUUCGCUAUGGCUUCGACGCCUUUCCUCUCCGCCGCCCUCCUCCUCCUCUUCUUCUUCGCCGCCUCCGCCGCGCCGGACAUGUCCAUCGUUGCCUACAACAAGGAGCACGGCGUCAGGGGCCUGGAGAGGAGCGAGGAGGAGAUGCGGCGGAUGUACGAGGGGUGGCUGGCCAAGCACGGCAGAGCGAACAACGCGCUGGGCCAGAACGAGAUGCGGUUCGAUAUCUUCAAGGACAACCUUCGCUUCGUCGAUGCCCACAAUGCCGCUGCCGACGCCGGACGGCACCGGUUCCGCCUCGGCCUCAACCGCUUCGCCGACCUCACCAACGAGGAGUACCGGGCGGCGUACCUGGGCACCAGGGCCCGUGGCGUCGCCCGUCGCAGCCGGGUUCCGGGCGACCGGUACCGGUACGAGGACGGCGAGGAGUUGCCGGAGUCCGUCGACUGGAGGGCGAAGGGCGCUGUCGCUGCCGUCAAGGACCAGGGCAGCUGCGGGAGCUGCUGGGCAUUCUCAACUGUUGGUGCUGUGGAAGGGAUAAAUCAGAUUGUGACCGGGGAGCUUAUAACACUGUCUGAGCAGGAGUUGGUGGAUUGUGACAAUGCCUAUAACCAGGGCUGCAAUGGUGGCCUCAUGGACUACGCCUUUGAGUUCAUCAUUAACAAUAAAGGCAUUGACACUGAGGAUGAUUAUCCCUAUAGAGCUCGGGACGGCACAUGCGACCAGGACAGGAAGAAUGCUAAGGUUGUCUCUAUUGAUGGCUAUGAAGGUGUUCCGCAGAAUGAUGAGAAGGCCCUGCAAAAGGCUGUUGCAAACCAGCCCGUCAGUGUUGCUAUUGAAGCAGGUGGCAGGGAGUUCCAACUCUACCGAUCGGGUAUAUUCACUGGCAGAUGUGGGACUAAGCUGGACCAUGGUGUUGUAGCUGUAGGCUAUGGCACUCAAAAUGGUGAGGACUAUUGGAUUGUCAGGAACUCAUGGGGGGGAGACUGGGGAGAGGCUGGUUACAUCAGGAUGGAGCGAAACUUGAACACUUCCACCGGUAAGUGCGGUAUUGCCAUGGAAGCAUCUUACCCCAUAAAGAAUGGUGAGAACCCACCCAACCCUGGUCCAACCCCUCCCUCUCCCGUGAGUCCACCAACCGUUUGUGACAACUACUACACUUGCCCAUCGCACACCACCUGCUGUUGUGUCUAUGAGUAUGGUGGCACUUGCUUUGCCUGGGGAUGCUGCCCCCUGGAGGCCGCCACCUGCUGCGAAGACCACUACAGCUGCUGCCCCCAUGACUACCCUGUUUGCAAUGUCGAGGCUGGAACCUGUCAAAUGAGCAAGGACAAUCCACUAGUAGUGAAGGCUUUCGCUCGAACUCCUGCGAAACCCUAUUGGGCGUACUCAGGCCUCGCGGAGGAGAAUCGCAAUGCAUGAUCAUCUUCCUUCGAUUUAUUUGGUUGGUGAAGAAAGGAUGAGUGGUCACACUGCAAAACUCUACCAAUUGGUUCUGGUUCAUUCAUGUGUUGGCCAGAGCUCCUGAACAUAGUCUCGGAUAUCAAAUGUUCAGAUGAAACCUAAAAAUGAAUUACUUUGCUUUUUUGUGUA